AUGCUGGCCAGACGCUGACGGCUGCAGGUGAUAGUUCACUCCGCAGACCACGAGCGUUUUCCGAGGAACCGGGGCGGUGUCUUGUCAUACAGCUGUCAACGGAGUCGCCUGGACGGUGUCUUUUCUAUAAAGAAAUCUUUCAUUUACAUUUGUAACUGAGAGAAAACAAGCGCAUCGAAAUUACUCGCCGAGAGAAGUGCGCAAGCGCGUGCGCUACGAUACAGGGGAUUUCAACAAUCUGGAAGGAUUUCUCUUAUCAGAAGGGACAUUUAAAGGAAAGAGCAUCGCUGUUCUGAUUUAAAAAAACAAAACAGAUUUUAUGCGUUGUGGUCCUCAUUUCUGAAUCGUUUCUCUUUAGAUUCAAGCCUUCGCCUCGUCGUUAUCGAUCAUGGCAUGGCCCUGUAUCACCAGGGCUUGCUGCAUCAACCGCUUCUGGAGUGACUUGGACAAAGGUGACAUUGCAGUGCCUUUGGUUUUCACGAAGUAUUCAGACGUGGCCGAAGUGCAACAUCUGCACCCUCAACCCAAACCAUUAAUAUCACAGAAGCCGGUCAUCAGAGAAUCCCAGCCUGCCCGUAGCGCUCAUCAGGAGGCGUCGACCAGAGCGACUCACGCCGCCGCUGAUGCCGCAGCAUCAUCAUCUCAAGACGGGUCAGGCGCUUCUGUGAUGCGCCAGGAUUUCAAAGCCUGGAGUGUGCGUCCGGAACCAAGCUGCAAACCCAGAAACGAGUAUCAGCCAUCAAAGACCCCUUUCAACAACGUGACUCAGUACCAAAAAGAUUACAAACCAUGGCCCGUUCCGAAAAGAGGAGAUCAUCCGUGGAUUCCCAAACAACCCACUCCUGCUGCACCUUGUAAGGCUGAGAGCAAGUUCUCCAAACAGGAGCAGGCCACUUCAGAGGUUGAAACCGGAGUGGAAAAAUGUGCGAUUGAAGAAAAACAGCACGAAAAAGAGAGUAAAGAAAGGAGAAAGAAGGUAGACAAAAAAGAGCAUGUGUCAGAGGGGAUCAAAAUGGAGAAAGAUGUUGCUGUGGAGGGAAAGAGGAGGUCGGCUGCAGAUGCUGUCAACAAGCAGAUUAAGGAGGAAGUCACAUCUGGAAGUUCAUAUAGGACGGAGUUCAAGGCUUAUAGAGGUGUCAAACCAGUGAAACUCAUCAAAGCGAAAUCUCAGUACAAACUCCUAGUGGAGGAGAAGACCAACCUGGAGACCAGUUAUAGUGCCACCUUUAAAGGAGAGCAGGUCAAACCUCAUGCCACAGACAACAAGCUGUUGGAGCGCCGUCGGAUACGAAGCCUGUAUAGUGAACCAAGCAAAGAGUCCAGCAAGGACUGUUCUGACAGUGACAGCAGCUCUGUUCUGUAGUCAGGUG